GGGUGACCGUAGUCGGGGCCGGAGCGGCGGGUGGUUCGGCUCGGGCGGUGCGGGGACAUGGUGGGGUCCGAGGAGGCCGGGAGCGAGCCGUGGCGGGGCCGCUACUACCGGCUGGAGGAGGUGCAGAAGCACAACAACAGCCAGAGCACCUGGUUCAUCCUGCAUAACCGCAUCUACGACGUCACCAAGUUCCUGGAGGAGCACCCAGGAGGUGAAGAGGUCCUCAGGGAGCAAGCUGGAGGAGAUGCUACUGAGAACUUUGAAGAUGUUGGCCACUCCACAGAUGCAAGGGCACUAUCAGAGACAUUUAUUGUUGGAGAGCUUCAUCCAGAUGAUAGAGGGAAGCUUCAGAAACCAACAGAAACUCUUAUUACCACUGAGCAGUCUGAUUCCAGUUCAUGGUCCAACUGGGUGAUCCCAGCAAUCGCAGCUAUUAUUGCAGCCCUAAUGUAUCGUUCCUACAUGUCAGAGUAAACGCCUUAUGGAAAAUUAAUGCAAGAAGAGACUGACUUGGGAAAGAAUAUAAGCAAGCCUAACCCACUAUGUUUCUGACAAGCCUGAUGUCUGAAGAAAAAUUCAACUUUUUCAGAAAACUGAACAAUUCUUUUCUGCUGCGCACUUUUCUGAAUGUUGCUGUCUUAUUUGCAGUUCUUAAGUGAUUAAAAAGGCAGCAUUUCUUUUUGUAUAACAAUUUUAUUUUCUAAUGAAUUAUUUGAUAACUGUAUUCAUUUCUGUGCUAGAAUAUUUUGUAGGUGACACUAUGAUUCUGGUUAUUUCUUUUUAAUUUGUAAAAUAGGUUUGUAGGACUUCUCUUGCAUAUGAAUUUUACAGCUUUAAAUGACUACCAAAACUUUAUGUACAUUCAUCCAUGUACACAACUUCACUUAACUUCAAAAUUGUUUUCUUCAAUAUAGUAUGUUUGAAUUAAAUGCUAAUUAAAAAAAGCAGAAUGGAGAAAGCUGAGUGGGGUAAUAGGUAUAGACAGCUGUCUGUAAGUGGUUAUUAGGCCCUACCAACUGGGCUAUAAUGAGCUAUAAUCUUGCUUCCUAACGUCUAUUCCUACAGCUGGUAUAGGUCUUCCUACUGGCAAACUGCUACCUUUUGAGGAAACAAGCAAAAUAUUAAUAAUUGGUCCCAGUGUUCAGCCCAGUUUUGGCCUAAUGAUGUCUAUUUUGUGAGCAGUAACCGUUUUACAAAAAUAGAAAACAAGUGCUUUGUGAAUUCCACUACAGAUAAUGUAACUACUACUAAAUAAUACUGUUCUUGCCAAGCACUUCAGGUGACUCUAGAACUUGUUUGGGAACAUUUUGACUUGUAUGAGAUCUUCAAUUUUGUCAUGGUACCUUGUAAGGAAAAAAUGAUAUAUGGGAAUCUCUUUCUGACUGUUCUAUGAUGUGCUCCUUGGUGCUUCACUAUGAAGAGAUGACUGUUUUCACUGCUAAAUACAAGAUAAAAUUUUGCAUUUUGUGGUGAGCAUUUUUUAGCCAUAUGUAAAUGAUCAUGAAUAAAAGUUUAAUUACUUA